GACAUAUAAUUGUAUUCAUUUUUUGCUGUUUGUUAUCAGCAAUCUCUUAGGAAGUGUGCACGCGCAUAAGUGCAUAAGUGAACCGAGACAAGUACAUCGAAACAGUAUAUGUAACAUUUGACAAACAGCAAAAAUUGUAAACGUUAAAGAUAAUUUUAGCAGGUUCAGGGGGUUGUUUCGACGAUCAGGUAAAAUGACUAACUGUGAUACUGUCGAGGGACAGUUGAACGCAAUCAUGGAGGCGCUCGCGAAGUCUGCAGUUGUAGAGAUAAGCAAACUUUUCCGUGACAUCAUUGUCGUUUUGCGUUUGGAAAUAUCUGAAAGCCGGAGAGAGAACCAGGAGCUGAAGAGGAAAUUAAUGGGGAUGCGGAGCGAUCUGAAGACCGAGCCUGCAGACGUGGAGGGGGGGCCCUCUCUUAUAAAGGUGGAGAGCUGUGAAGAGGUCUGGGGAGGCAGUGACGCUCACACACAGCUGGACUCCCGUCCUGAGAGAGCCGGGGCUGGAGAUUUGGGCUGCAGCCACUGGGUGAGCUCACCUGCUAAAGCCCCACCUGCAGAGGGCGCUGGAGAGCUCAGUGAAGAUGAUGACUGGGGCGGAGACGCUGAAGACUCGCACUGCUCUGACAUGACAGCGAAGGACCCGGAGAGCCUGACUCCGCCCCCACAGCCACGGCGCUGUCCCGCUGCCGAGGAGGGGGCGGAGUCAGGCUCUUUCCCGUGUGCGCAGUGCGGGAAAAACUUCUCCCGCCGAGAUUACCUCAAAAUACACCAGCGGCACCACACGAGGGAGAAGCUGUUCCCCUGCGCGCAGUGCCAGAGGAUCUUCGUCUGCCGGAACCACCUGAAGCAGCACCUGCUGACGCACUCGGGGGUGAAGCCCUUUCGCUGCGCCACCUGCGGGAGGGAGUUCAGCCGCAAGUACCACCUGCAGGAGCACCAGAAGACCCACUCGGACGCCCGGCCGCACGCGUGCGGCGUGUGCGGGAAGGGCUUCAAGCAGCUGAGCACGCUGAAAGUGCACCAGCGGAGACACCGGGGCCAGCCGUUCAGCUGCGUGUGCGGCAAGAGCUUCAGCACAAAGUACGUCCUGAAGCUGCACCAGAUGAUCCACACGGGCGAGAGACCGUACAGCUGCGAGCAGUGUGGGAGGAGUUUCACUCGACGGAACAAUCUCAGAAAGCAUAUGAGAGCACACUACGAGGGACUUGAUACGACUGCGUUUGGAACGGCCAGUUUCGUUUACUCACAAGGCAAAAUGUCAAACUGUGUUUCUGUCAAAGCACAGUUGAAUUCCAUUAUGGAGGCACUGACCAAUGCGGCCGUCGCGGAGAUAAAUAAACUUUUCGAAGAUAGUUCUGCGGUUCUGUUUUUGGAGAUUUCGCGAAGCCAGCGAGAGAACCAGGCGCUGAGGAAGAAGUUGCAGCUGAUAGAGGGCGAGCUGAGGUCGGCUGGAGGUGCCGAAAACGGCGACAGUGUCUGCGGAACGCAGUCCCUCUUUCAGGCUGACGAGGACUGGCCUGCAGACGUGGAGGAGGGGCCCUCUCUUAUAAAGGUGGAGAGCUGUGAAGAGGUCUGGGGAGGCAGUGACGCUCACACACAGCUGGACUCCCGUCCUGAGAGAGUCGGGGCCGGGGAUUUGGGCUGCAGCCACUGGGUGAGCUCACCUGCUAAAGCCCCACCUGCAGAGGGCGCUGGAGAGCUCAGUGAAGAUGAUGACUGGGGCGGAGACGCUGAAGACUCGCACUGCUCUGACACGACAGCGAAGGACCCGGAGAGCCUGACUCCACCCCCACAGCCACGGCGCUGUCCCGCUGCCGAGGGGGGGGUCCAGCACAGCCUGCCCCCCUCCACUGCGGCCAUUAAACUGGAGACUGUGGUGCUGCCAGUGUGGGGGGAGGAGGCGGGGCCAGGCAUUGUGCAUUCCGAGGAGGCGGGGCCCGGGGUUGUGCAUUCCGAGGAGGCGGGGUUAAGGAUUGUGUUCUCUGAGAGGGCGGGGUUUGGGAUGGCCCACGAGCAGGCCGGCGCGGGGGUGAAGCCGCACCGCUGUAAGUACUGCGAGAAGCGGUUCGCCCGUCCGCGUGACCUCAGAGUGCACGAGCUGACGCACACGGAGCAGACGUCUCUGUCCUGCGCGCAGUGUGGGAAGACCUUCGCCCGCCGGUACUACCUGCGCAUACACCAGCGCUACCACACCGGCGAGAAGCUGCUCAAGUGUGCGCAGUGCGACAUGACCUUCGCCUGCCAGCACCACCUGCGGCAGCACCAGAAGUGCCACUCCGGGGAGAAGCCCUUCAGCUGCGCCACCUGCGGCAAGGACUUCAGCCGCAAGUACAACCUGAAGGAGCACGAGAAGAUCCACACGGGCGAGCGGCCGUACGCCUGCGCCGCCUGCGGGAAGAGCUUCAAGCAGCUGAGCACGCUGAAGACCCACCAGCGCAGCCACAACGGCGAGACCUUCAGCUGCGUGUGCGGCAAGAGCUUCAACAGGAAGUACGUGCUGAAGGUGCACCAGAGGAUCCACACGGGGGAGAGGCCGUACGGCUGCGAGCAGUGCGGGAAGAGCUUCACCCAGCCCUGCGUUCUGCGCAGUCACAUGAGGACUCACUGCGGGGGAAACCGCACCACAGCCCUCCGCAGCACCAGCGUCAUAGCGGUGCGGCGCUUAAAAGCUAAAAUGGCUUAUUAUGGUAUCAAUGUUCAGAAACAGUUGCAUUCUAUUUUGGAUGCGUUGACAAAAGAUGCUGUGGCAGAGAUCGGUAAACUUAUUGAAGAUGGUUCCGCUGUUCUGCGUUUGGAAAUAUUUCAUAGUCAGAAAGAGAACGAAACGCUGAAAAUGAAAUUACAGGAGAUGGAGAGAGAGCUGAAGACUGCGCGUGAGUACGGAAAGAAAGGACAGGAGUUUAAGGAUGCAUUUGCGACGAGGUACUGUUUACCCGCGGAGGAGGAGGACUUCCGACAGUGUGUUAUUGUAGAACAGAGUGGUGAACUCCUCUCUGAAUCGGUCAUUAAGAAGGAAAGGUUGGAGGAGCAGGAGAACAGCCUGGGGAGUGAUUGGAGGGGGGAUAUUUUAGAAGCACAGAGGAGUGUUGGUUCUGACUGGGACUCGGGCCUGAAUGGGGGCGUGGCUGCUGAGGUGCGGCCCGGCCCGGGGGCGGCCCCAGAGCCGUUUGUGUGGGCGGAGCCUGAGCUGAUGCAGGGGGACAGCGAGGACGCCUACGCGGAUUUCCGCUACGCUGGCGAGGGGGGCGUGCCCGGUCAGGCUGAGGGGGAGGCGCCGGGGGCGGAGCCCUUUAAAGAGGAACUCAGCAUGCAGCCCGUGUGGGUAGAGGAGGCGGGGCUGGGGAUAGGCUCCUCCCACCGGGGGCGGUACAGGGAGGAGACGGACGGCAGGGUGGCGCAGACGGAGGCGGCGGGCAGUGCCAGUCGUGGCGGGCGCAUCCCGGGGCCCCUGAGGGCCUGCUCGGUGCGGGUGGAGUGCCUGAGUCUGCAGGACUCCGGGGGAAAGCGGCAGAACGCCGCGGCGGACGAGGCUGCGGUGGCGGACGGCUCGCUCGACGCGCCGGCCCCGUUCCUCUGCCCCUGCUGCGGGAAGGCGUUCUCCUGGAGCGUAUCGCUGAAGAGACACCUGCAGACCCACGAGCAGCGCCGGCCCUUCCGCUGCGCCCUGUGCCCCAAGAGCUUCCCCGACCAGCUGCACCUCACCGCCCACCAGCGGAACCACAAGAGGGUCCGCCAGUUCAGCUGCACCACCUGCGGCAAGGGCUUCUUCCGCAAGCACCACCUGAGCUCGCACCAGAGGACGCACACCGGGGAGCGGCCGUACCGCUGCAGGUACUGCGGCAAGGACUACAAGCAGCUGAGCAACCUGAUCAGCCACCAGAGGAGCCACACCGGAGAGCGGCCCUACGGCUGCACCCAGUGCGGGAAGAGCUUCCACCGGCUCGACAACCUGAAGGCCCACCAGAGGGUGCACACGCGCGUGCGCAAGUUCGUCUGCUCGUUCGCGGACUGCCAGGAAAGCUUUGAUCAGAAGUACCUGUUUGAAAGCCACCAGCUGUCGCAUGUUGUGUGACGCUCCGCAGAGCGGAGCAGGGGGCGGGGUCUGACGAGCGGCCGAUUCUCCAGCCGUGCACCAAUCCCCCGUGUCCAGGGGUGGGGCAGUUUCCCAUGACACAUUCUGCACCGUGAACCCUUCUGUAACUGCACCCCUCUCUGCUGCCCCCUGUCUGUACCCCUCUCUGCUGCCCCCUGUCUGUACCCCUCUCUGCUGCCCCCUGUCUGUACCCCUCUC